CUCACUCUCCACAACACUCAUCACACCAUUCAAAAACUAACUAGAGUACUUCAAUUAAUUUAGUGAGUUAAUUUGAGAAAUAAAGUUUGUAAUUUAUAAUGGAAGGAAAGGAAGAAGAUGUUAAAUUGGGGGCUAACAAGUUUAGGGAAAGACAGCCAAUUGGGACAGCAGCUCAGGUUCAAGAUAAGGACUACCAAGAGCCACCACCGGCUCCAUUGUUUGAGCCAUCUGAGCUCUCUUCUUGGUCAUUUUGGAGAGCCGGGAUUGCCGAGUUUAUUGCUACCUUUUUGUUUUUGUAUGUAACUGUUUUGACGGUUAUGGGAGUAGUCAAGUCUCCUACCAAAUGUGGUACUGUUGGUAUCCAAGGUAUCGCUUGGGCUUUUGGUGGCAUGAUUUUUGCACUUGUUUAUUGCACCGCCGGUAUUUCAGGGGGACACAUUAAUCCGGCGGUGACAUUCGGGCUAUUUUUGGCAAGAAAGUUGUCGUUGACAAGGGCGCUAUACUACAUGGUGAUGCAGUGUCUUGGUGCUAUUUGUGGUGCUGGUGUGGUUAGGGGUUUUGAAGGUGGGACCCAAUUCAAACUAAACGGUGGUGGGGCCAACACAAUCGCCCACGGUUACACCAAAGGCGAUGGUCUUGGUGCUGAAAUCGUAGGAACAUUUGUUCUUGUUUACACUGUUUUUUCAGCCACUGAUGCUAAGCGUAGCGCCCGUGAUUCUCACGUUCCGAUAUUGGCACCAUUGCCAAUUGGGUUCGCGGUGUUUCUAGUGCAUUUGGCAACUAUUCCAAUCACUGGAACUGGAAUUAACCCGGCUAGGAGUUUGGGUGCUGCCAUUAUCUACAACAAGGAUCACGCCUGGGAUGAUCACUGGGUGUUUUGGGUAGGACCAUUCAUUGGGGCAGCAUUGGCAGCACUUUACCAUACAGUCGUGAUCAGAGCCAUCCCAUUCAAGAAGAAUUGAAGAAAACAACUACUCUUUUAUUUGUAAAAUAUGUAUGUAUGCAUUAGGUAGUGUUUUUUUUUGUUUCUUUUCCUUCUUCAAAUAAAUCCUAUUUUUAGUGGAUGGAUGAGUGAAUUAGGGCCCUCAAACAAGAAUAUUUGUGGGCUCAUCUUUGUACUGUUGUUGUAACUUGUUUUCUAGUCAAUGAAAUGAAGUAAUUUUUUUUUUUUAAA